AUGAUUUGCAGAGCCGUAGCAAAACGUGAUCGGAACUUCUUUCUAAAGCUGAUCGGAAACGCCGCCACGCAAUCCCAUCUCCGUCAAACCCAUGCCCAAAUCAUCCUCAACGGCCUACAGUCCGACUUAGCCACCGUCACAAAGCUCAUUCAAAAACUCUCCGAUCUUGGCGCCAUCUCCGAUGCAACCCUAAUCGGUUCGACAUUUCCAAACCCCGACAUUUUUCUCUACAAUGUUAUAAUCAGAGAAUUCUCUUGUAACAACUCCCAUUCAAAUUCACUGUCCAUCUACCGUCAACUCCGCCAAAACACUGCUCUUAAACCGGAUAGUUUUACUUACGCGUUUGUUAUCUCCGCCGCAUCAAAACUUUUGUGUAGCAAAUUAGGAUCAUCCAUUCAUGGCCAUGCGAUUGUUGGUGGAGCUGGAUCUGAUUUAUUUGUUGCGUCCACCAUUGUCAACAUGUACUUGAAUUUCGGGAAGGUGGGUUAUGCCUACAAGGUGUUUGAUCAAAUUCCUGAACCAGAUACUGUGUUGUGUAACACUAUGAUAUCAGGGUCAGUCGACAAUGGCUGUCUUGACGAGUCAAUAUCCAUCUUUAAAGACAUGAUUCUCAGAAGAACUCGGUUUGAUUCCACCACUUUCUCAUCUGUUCUUAAAGCUGCUGCUGAACUUCAGGAGCUAAAACUGGGAAUGGCAAUCGAGUGUUUAUCAAUUAAGCUUGGAUUCCAUUCCCAUCUUCAUGUUCUUACAGGUUUAAUCUCCUUGUAUGGAAAAUGUCGAGAUAUCUCAACAGCAAAGCAUUUGUUUCAUCAGAUCAAACACCCUGACAUAAUCGCUUACAAUGCUAUGAUUUCUGCAUUCAGUUGUAAUCAAGAAAUGGAAUACGCCAUUAAUCUCUUCAAAGAAUUAUCAUCUUCACAACACAAAGUCAAUUCAAGCACCCUGGUAGGUUUAAUUCCUGUCUCUCAUCCUUUUCCUCAUUCAACACUUACAACCACAAUCCAUAGUUUUUGCAUCAAACACAAUUUCCUCUCCCAAACUUCAGUUUCAACAGCACUAAUCACUGUUUACACUCGCCUCAAUGAGAUCAAUUCUGCAAGAAAACUAUUCGAUGAAUCCAAACAUAAAUCAUUAGCAGAAUGGAACGCUAUGAUCUCUGGUUAUGCCCAAAAUGGAGUAACAGAUAAAGCAAUUUCCCUCUUUAAAGAAAUGCAAAACCUCAAAAUCCCCCCAAAUCCCACAACAAUCACCACCACUCUUUCAGCUUGUGCUCAAAUUGGUGCCCUAACUUUAGGCAAAUGGGUUCAUGAUUUAGCAAACAAAUAUAAUUUCAUUUCCAAUAUUUACGUCUCAACUGCUUUAAUUGACAUGUAUGCCAAAUGUGGAAGCAUAAAAGAAGCACGCCAAGUGUUCGAUAAAAUGCAAGACAAAAACACAGUCACAUGGAAUGCCAUGAUCUCAGGCUAUGGCCUACAUGGACAUGCCCAUGAAGCCCUAAAUAUUUUUAACAAAAUGUUAGAUUCAAAAGUACCCAUAACACGUGUCACAUUUGUUAACAUUCUAUACUCUUGUAGUCAUGGUGGAUUAGUAAAAGAAGGAGAAAACAUUUUCCAAACCAUGGGUUCUGGUUCGGGUUCGGGUAUGGGUAUAACCCAUGGGUUUGACCCGUUACCCGAGCAUUACGCAUGCAUGGUUGACUUAUAUGGUAGAGCCGGAGACUUACAAAAGGCGUAUGAUUUUAUAAAAAAAAUGCCAAUUGAACCGGGUCCCGCUGUGUGGGGUGCACUUCUUAGUGGUUGUAAGACUCAUAAGAACAUGGAUUUAGCAAAAUUAGCAUCUGAUAAAUUAUUCGAAUUAGACCCUGAAAAUGUAGGAUACCAUGUGUUGCUUUCCAAUAUAUACACUGCUGACAAGAAUUUUGAUGAAGCUGCUUCGAUUAGAAAAUCAGUGAAAAAUCGGAACCUUGGAAAGACACCAGGGUGUACUUUAAUAGAAAUUGAUAAAAUCCCACACGUGUUUACAUCCGGACAACAAUUUCAUGAACAAAUUGAUGGAAUUUAUAGGAUGUUGGAGAAGUUGAUGGGGAAGAUGAAGGAGGUUGGGUUUUGUACGGAUACUGUCACUGCAUUGCAUGACGUUGAAGAGGAAGAGAAGGAGUUGAUGGUGAAUGUUCAUAGUGAGAAGUUAGCGAUUGCUUUUGGAGUUAUGAAUUUGGAAAUGGGAGAGGAAAUUAGGAUUAUUAAAAACCUUAGAGUUUGUUUAGAUUGUCAUAAUUUUACUAAGUUUGUGUCGAAGAUUACUGAAAGAGUUAUUGUUGUUAGGGAUGCGAAUCGGUUUCAUCAUUUUAAAGAUGGUGAGUGUUCUUGUGGAGAUUAUUGGUGA